AUGAGUCCGUUGAUCGCCAUUGAGCAAGGCUACGCUCCCUGUUGUGGCCCCUCUACUCAACUUAGUUUUCCGGACGCGGCGAAUAAACUGCGCAAUAUGCCACCGACUAAUGUGGGAAAAUCUGGUUUCCCUGCGGGCAGCACAGGUGUGUUCAAGCGCAAAGGAAGCAACCUCGGACAAAAGAUCGGAUGGGGUGCCACAAGCCUACCUACUCCAAAAUGUCUAAUCGAGUAG